AUGUCUCUCAUUCAAGUUGAAGAUCUGGUUUCUUACCAACUUCGCACUAGCUACCUCAUCGAGGUCGCUGAUGGAGUUGGGGAGAGACUCCUCACUUUGAAUGACAGCUUUCUCAAUACUGCCCCUUUUAAAAAUGCUGGCUGGCGCUCAAACCCUGCUUCUAUAAAGCGAACGCAUUCGCCGCCCAUUCCAACUGCAAUCGCCUCUGAGUACUUUCAGGCCCCCCUUCGAUCACAAGGUCUUACCCUUGAAGAUGAGGCGGAAGAGGGUGGCAUGCUCACCGGGGGUGGGGCCGAUACUACUGGGCCAGGCAUUGCUAUGAGACGGCGCAGAGAACGACGUCGAGAGCAGAUGGAGGAAGACGACAGCAGUGAUCUCAGCGAUGAAAGUGACGAGGACGCGGACCAAAGAGCAGCGCAGCAGAUACGGUUCGCAAAGAUGCCGGUCAGAAACCGCUCUGGGUCUUCUCCCAUCCAGUCGUCCAACCUACGUCAGGCAGGGGGAGUGUCGUCUCCCCGAGCUGCUCCAGGUGCUCGACGAGGGUCGCAGUCUGCGCUGGAAACAGUGAAAGAAAGGGCACGGCGAGACACAGUCACUAGUAGUGAAUUGUCCUCCGAGAACGAGUUUGACGCCUCGGGUUUUCACAGGCAGAGGGAGGCUGCUAAGGCUGCUACAAAGGCCACCAAACUCCAAGCUCAGAUUGCGGAGGAAGAGCCAGGCCAGGGCGUUAAGCGUGUCGAGAGUGACCUUCUUGCUGAGGAAGAAGACUCUGACAUAUCGGAUACAUCUUCCUUUGUCGAGAGUGUCGACUCAGCUUCCAUUCUAGCAGAUGUGGAUAAUGCGGUUGUGCCUGCCGACCCCGGACAGCAACUCGUCGGGACUCCUCCGAAACAGCUUCUACGGCAAUCAACCGUUAGGAAACCCCAGCCUCCUUCUCAGCCGCAAGUGUUGCAAGCACUCCCACCUCCGAGACCCAUGAGCAUAAUUCGGCCUCUGAGCAUGAUACAGCCCAGAAGUUUGUUGUCAGAUGCGUUCAAGGCCAAGAAAACAAAGCCCGCCAUGCCUUUCGAAAGGUUUGCUUCGCUAUCUGGCCAAGGCGAGUCAGACCGGCUGGCACUACGAAUAUAUAUGCCCCACUGCGAAUCAUCAUCCAAGCCUUUCGAGGUUCUCAUGAGACGGCAUGUUCAAGAAGAAGAUGGCACUUUUAGGCCAGUCACCGUGGCGGAUCUAAUCGGGUUGAGUUUGUGGAGGUACCAUGAAGAAAAGCUGGAACCCCCUAUACCCAGCGACAAAAUGAAGGUCAACUGGUGGACUUUGAGGAUAAUGGAUGGAGACGAAGUUGACGAUGACUUUCCGCCCUUGGAACGCAGGAAAGCCCUCACCUCCUUCACCAUGGCCAACAAUAAAGCAAGAGGCCGCCCCGCGCAUGACGACUUUGCCGUGGUCGAAGCAUCCGAGGAAGGAUUUCAAGAAAACCAGAGUCUCACGCCUGAGUUUGAGCUCCAAGAGGUGGCCGAAGAUACCGCUGAUGAAGCAGAGGUAACACCGCGAAACACCCCUCAGCCAGGUCCGCCUCUUAUUGCUCCUACAUCAACUCGAAAGAACCCGAUCAUCAACACUACGUACCGGCCAGACUUGGCCCUGGCAGACAAACCAACAUCCCAACCCCCGCCUGCGCCUGCGGCUACAAAAGCUCGGGGUCAACAGAAGCUUCUAAAAGUUCAUAUUCACUCGGCCGAUGUCGCCCCUGGCCAAAUGGUUACCCUAGACGUCACGACCGACACCUAUCUUGCCGAAGUGCUGGACAUGGUGUGUAAAAAACGGCAGCUGGAUACGAAUACCCACGUCCUCAAGCUCCCAGGAUCCGGGGCUGUGGUAUUCGUAGACCGUACAGUAUCCUCAAUCGGCAAUGUGACGGAUCUGGAGCUUCAUCGUCGCCGAUUUGCUACAGAUGGGCCCCUGGCCAUGACUGGAUCGCCGAGUAGUUCGUCCCCGAAGACACACAUUUGGGACGCUGCUAUAGCAGCUCAGAAGAAAAAGAAGGACAAGGCCGGUGCACCUCACCCGCUUGCCCAGAUCCAAAUGGCCGUGAAGCUGGACGAAAUUGGCAGUAGUAAUGCAUACAAGAAAUACACGGUUUGGCGAAAGCAGCCUAUGCGAUUUGUUGGUAUGAAUGAGCGGAUUCUCGCCAUCGACGGCGAGUAUGUCUAUAUCCAGCCCUCGUCAGGGGGCAAGGUGGCCCGAGAAAGUGGCAAGACGACGACUGUGCAUUUCAGCAACGUUGUGGGAUGCAGUAUUUCGCGCAGGCAUCCGACAUACUUCAAGUUGCUUGUAUUCAAAGCCAACGAGAGCAAGCGGUAUGAUUUCGAAUCCAAAAGUGCAGAUGAAGCAGCAGAGAUCGUGACCGAGAUCAAUAAAGGGAUCUCGCCUUAUAACAAGGACAUAUAG